GGGCAACUUGUGGCCAAGGAAUUAUGACGAGGCAUGUAGUCUGUAUUUUAUUGGAUGGAACUCAAGGCUACGAUCAGAAUUGUGAACCCUUGACUCGUCCGGAAGGUGAGAAGAUAUGUAAUCUGCCAGAAUGCUCCAAGAUUCCUGGAGUUUUCAGAAGGUUUGGAGAUAUCAUUCACAAUAAAGUCGAAGGCUUUUUCUGGAGAACAGGGCCUUGGGGAGCAUGUUCACGGACGUGUAAUGGUGGAAUACAGCGCCGCCAGGUGGCGUGCUAUGACGAACUUGGAAAAAUGAGCGACCAGUGUGAAUCGACCAAAAAACCAGUAGAAGCUAUACAAUGCAGCAUGGAUCAAUGUCCUGAGUGGUCAGCAGGGGAGUGGCAAGAGCUGUCAUUGGGAGAGGGUUAUGAUCAAGUAGAUCUUGAUGGUGUUAUUAAACAGUUACCAUCUCCGUUCUUCAUCUUUAGAGACUUUAAUGGACACAAUCCACUUUGGGGUGGUGCCAACAUUGAUGGGAGUGGUUGUUCUGUGCAGUCUACAGUUGCAAAAAUUUUCUUUGCAAAUGACUUUCAGAUAUCCUGGCAGUUACCAAAUUCGAGGUUUACUGAAUAG